UUCGUCAACAAAAUUUAAACAAAACAACUGUGUUCUCUUAAAAAAAUUAACUGAACAUUCAUUUAAGAGCUUAUUUGAGGGGUUCUCUUGUUUAUUAUAGAAAACAAUAACAAAAUAUUUUAGAAAAAAGCUCUUUUUAGUUUUGACAGCAAUUUUGUUGUUGUAAAACAAGUGUGUGUGUGUGUGUACGAAUUUGUAGAAAUUUUUUUCUUUGUAUCUCAGUUUUUAUAAAACUCUUCAAACUGGCAGUCGACGGGUCUAGCAUUUACGAUAUGCUGAAAUUUUUGUUAACGUUUAGUGCUGGUAUUUACACCGGUCUCUAUAUCAGCCAAAACUAUGAGGUUCCUCGCGUUGAUGAACCCAGCAAAAUAAUUGAUAAAAUUAAGGAGUUGGCUGAUGAACAUCGUAAAAAAAAUCCUGCCGAGCAGCUAUUGCACGAUGUUAAGAAAGGAGCCAAGAAGAUUAUAGAUUAAAUAUAUGUACAUACUUCUUUUAAUGCUUGUUGGAGGCUUUAGAUAAAUUUUAUGAUUUUUUAAUUUUUAUAUUUGAAUAUUUAAAAAAAACUUAUGUUCUUAAACUUUUUUUAAUUUGAAAUUCAAUUUUAAAAUUUUAAUUUUUUUAUAAAAUUAAAUAUUGUUUAUUUGUAUAGUA